AUGGGCAUCUCUAGCGUUGUAGCCUCGUCGGUAUUUUCUUCGAUUUCCUAUAUCAUGCGGUGCUACGAGGAGCUUAUUGUUAAUGCGAGACGCGAGGUGUGCCUCACCACGGAUCACUGGGAGCCGAGCUGCGACAACCAUCGCACCCACGACGCGAUCAUCGAGCUCUGA